AUAAAAAAUCUUUGAAAGGUAAGCGAAGAACAGAAGAGUUUUCUGAAGAUGUCUGGUCGUGGAAAGGGAGGUAAGGGUUUGGGAAAGGGAGGAGCGAAACGACACCGUAAGGUUCUCCGGGACAAUAUCCAAGGCAUCACGAAGCCGGCCAUUCGCCGUCUCGCUCGCCGUGGUGGAGUGAAGCGUAUCUCCGGUCUAAUCUACGAGGAGACUCGCGGCGUCCUUAAGAUUUUCCUCGAGAACGUGAUCCGCGAUGCUGUUACCUACACAGAGCACGCUCGCCGGAAGACGGUCACCGCAAUGGACGUUGUGUAUGCUCUCAAGAGACAGGGCCGCACUCUGUACGGCUUCGGCGGUUAGGGUUUGGCAUUGGCGGUGUAUAUUUUGGUGGCGUUUAGGUCUAGGAUUGGGGAGGAUUAGGGUUAGAUUCGGUGUGCUAUUUUGAAUCAAUCCACAAUUGAUUGCUUGUUGCAAUGUUACUCUUAUUUCAAUCCAAUCAAUUUCAGUUCUAAUCAAUUUUAGGUUUUUUAUUUUUAUUUUUAAAUUUUAUUCUGAUUGCAAUUCGUAAGAUAUUUCAAAUUAUCUAUGAGAAUUUUGUUCAACGUUCAUUUUUUAUUAUA